AUGAAGCUCAACCGGGUUCGCCGCCGCUGCCGUGAUCUGCUGAAAGUCGACAGGCUAGUCAAACUGCCCGACGAUGUGCUGCUCAACAUCCUGGAGAGGGUGGGCACGUUGGACGCCGUCAGGACCUGCGUCGUCUCCAAGCAAACGCUCAACCUGCCGGCCUUGCUCUCGCAGAUCGUCGUCGACCUCAGCGAUCUUGACCUACACCGGAAGAACCGUGGCGUGGCCGACAUGACCGACAAGAUCCUCAGCACGAGGUCUCCACAGAUCCCCAUCCGCAGCCUCAAGCUCAGGUUCAUCAUGAGAGGCGACGACCAUCUCAAGAUCGGCAGGGCCGUCGCCCUCGCCAUGGCCACGCAGAAGAUCGACGCCGCAGAGUUCGAGAUCCUGACCAAGGACAUCUAUUAUAGGCGCACCGAUGCCGAUCUCCUCGACUCCGCGAAGCUGUUCAACAAUUUUAUCGGCGAGUGUCCGGACGCGUUUGCCGGCCUCACGCGGCUGCAUCUGCAGAACCUGAGGUUCGGUGAAUCAGACAUACCCAACAUCCUAGCCACCUGCAAACGGCUCGAGUCGUUGCGUUUGCUCCGGUGUGACGCGCGGAAACUCCCGGUGCUGCACGUAGAGCACGCCAGACUCGUAGAGCUUACACUCGCCUAUGCAAAAUUCUCAACGGUGGAGCUCGGCUGUCUACCCAAGCUUCGACGGAUGACCUUGCAUAGAUGGAUAUUUGAUAACCUAGACAAUCCCUUGAUUUUGGGCUAUGUCCCUCAGCUCUCCAAGCUAACUCUGGCGCAUGCGUUCAUUAUAAACAGGACCCUCAAGCUGAGCCAGCUGCUUGUUAAUGUUCCCUCAAUCAGUGACCUGCACCUCGAUUUUCAAAGUGAAAAGGUUUGGGUUCUACCGGAAUGCCCUAAAGUGCUUGCACCUGUGCUCGGCAAACUACGGCGCAUGAAUCUUAACAAUCUUCCCGAGGAAUGUGACAUCUCUUGGACAAUGUUCCUUCUUGAAGCCGCGCCAUCCUUAGAGGAGCUUUGCAUCACAGUAUGGGAUCAUAAAUGCCAAUUGGAGUCGCAAAAAAGUUACUACCAGAAAACCGAUGUGAAGUGGGAGCCAUCUACUCCUGAUUUCAAGCACAAUAAUCUUUCCAGACUAACUAUCUACGGCUUCCAGCCCAACGACAACUUCAUGGGAUACGUCAGGCGCGUCAUUGAAGCUGUGGAGAACAUCAAGGAGGUAUCUCUACACGACAGGAAGGUGUGCGAGCACUGCGUUGUCAAGUUCCCUCAUCUCGGAGUCCGUCCUUGGAGUUGUCCACGGACCAGCGAGGAGGUGGAUUCAUUCAGACUGGAGAUCGCAGAGGUGAUCAAGGGGAGGGCCAUGGCGGUGGCUUCCACUCACAAAAUCCGCCAUGAUAUUUGGGUUCAACGGGAAUGCCCAAAAUUGCUUACUCGUGUGGUACUGCUCGCCAAACUACGGUUUGUGAAUUUGGACAAUCUUUCUGAAGAAUGUGAUAUCGCCUGGACAAUGUUCCUUCUUGAUGCUGCACCAUCUCUAGAAGAGCUUCGCAUCACGAGUGCCAAAGGAAGUCGCAUCACGGUAUGCGAGGAGGUGGAUUCGUUGAGGAAGAAGAUCAUAGAGGCGAAGGAGAAAGUGGACUCAUUGAGGAAGAAUGUCAUACAGGUGAUCAAUUCAAGGUAA